CCGUGAUUGACAUGGCGGGCCACAUCCGCGCAUGCGCAUAAGUGUGCGAGUAAGGUUAUGUUGUUUUGAUUUGAAUGAAACUUCUGUCAGUGCUUCAGUUUCAUUGAAUAUAUUUUGUGCCGAAAACCUGAUGCGCUGAUCAUGAACACCGUUGGUAUUUUCUCCAUUUCCUGUAAAGUCUCAGCUGUUGCUUCUGUGCUUUAAAACAGGGGUAUUAGUGUUAAAUCCUUGCAAAAUAUAUGAGAAGAUUUGAACCAGCUUGCAGUUUAAUAUGACUGUCGUAAAGAUUUUCAAUAUAGACGACAUUGGCCUUAAGCAGCCCUUAAAAACUUUCCCAAAAGGUGAUCAUGUAAUUGGAAGAGGAGAAUUAAAUUGCCAUGAUAAAAGAAUAUCUAGAAAGCAUGCGAUAAUAUCUAUCACAGAUAACGCUGCUGAACUGAAAGCUAUCCACAUAAAUCCGUGCUUCUACAAAGCAGACAAAGCAAAGAGCAUAGAAAUACUAGAACAAAAUACCACAAAAGAACUCAGUGAUGGAGAUACCUUCUCACUUUUAGCAGAUAAUUUUUGGUUCAGGGUAAAAUUGAUCAGUAGAGAUGAUAGCUCGAAUGAUGUUGAGCGUAAUUCCUUACCAAAGCGCACCUGUGAUGAACUGGAUACGUCACCAAAUAAAAGAAUAAGAACAGAUGAGCAAAAUGCAUCACCAAAUACACCACAAAUUAGACCGGUUGAUACUCAGAAGCUGCUGAAAAAUAUACAACAGAUUGAUAGUGAAGAUUAUCCGGAUACUUUGUGUCAACAAAAUGAUGAUUCAAAUCAAAGUGUAGAUUUGUUAGAUCUUAUGCAGACUGCAGAAAAUGAACCCAUUGAUGCCAGUAGAAUGCCGGCUGCUGAGGUUGAAACACAAGAUAAUAAUGAAAAACAAACUACGACAGCUGGCAAAGAUACAGCAGUAAAGGAAAGGGUGUCCGAUUCAGAAGAUGAAACAAGUAAUGUAGAAAAUACUUCUCAGAGCAUAGAAACAACUCUGACAGCAGAAACGCAUAAUGCUGUUACUCUCGAACCAAAACCUGAACCUUUGGAUGACGAACCUAUGGAGAAAGCAAGUUCAAGUCUUACUGUAAAAAUUGAACCUGCGGAAGAUGCAAGUGCGACUAUCAAAAAGGAAGCAACGAUGGAAUCGAACGAGAAUGAUCCAAGAGGAACUGAUUCGUCCAAUGCAGCUGGCAGUAGUGCCACUUCAGAUAAGCCAAAGAUACUAAGACGAGACAGGUGCUGGUAUGGAACCAGUUGUUACAGAAAAAAUCCAAUCCAUCGUCAGGACUUUAGCCAUCCAGGCGAUACCGAUUAUGACAGCGAUCCUGAGGACGAUCGUCCGCCAUGUCCAUUUGGAAAUGCCUGCUAUCGCACUAACAUGCUUCACAGGAGACAGUACAAGCACCCUGGAAGGCCGGCCCCGAAGCCAAGUUCAAGUGCACGGAAAAAGGGACGAAAACGUAAUAAGGAUCAAUCUUUGAGUCGAGGCACUCCCGAAACUUCUGAGAGUUCUGAAUCAGAAAGUGACAGGCAACCAGGACACACCCGACGACAAAAAAGGAAAGCAGCAAAGAAACUGAAGAAACUCGACGAAACGCCAGAAGAUGAUUAUGAUUUGGAAGAUCCGUUCAUAGAUGAUGCAAGUAGCGAUGCAUUCGAACCUUCAGAUGAUGAUGAAGAUUCGGAUUGGGACGAUGAGGUAGAGAGCGCCGAUGGAGGUGAGGAUAUCGGGAGAUUGAUCAACGAAGCUAAAAGAUUCACAAAGAAGAAUGGCACCCAACAGCAAAUAACUAAAGGCAAAAAGAAAUUGCCGGGACAAAAGAAACGGGCUAAAAGGGAUCAAGAGAAGGCUGAAGACGAUUUGGAUCAAAUGGAUGACAAAGAUUCAGAUAUUUGAAACCGUAGUAAAUAGUUGUAUACAUAAUUAUCGUAAUACUUUUUGAAAAAGAUUUUAAACUAUUAAAUAAAAAUUAAAAGUUUAAUACCAGUUUUCUCUACAAGAUUGAUAUAUUAUUGGAGAAUUGUGUUUUUUCUUCAUAAAAUGAACAUUUGUCAUCGCUCGAGAAUGUUCAGAUAAUUUUUUUUGUUAAUAUCUGAUCCGUUCACUUCUUUACGUCACGCUCAAAUUGUUACAUUAUUAAAAUGGUGUUUAUUUAACCCAGAUGACUUUAAUCUGACGCACUUCAGUAUUUCUAAUGAUCGCUUCUCUACUAUCCUUAUCGACUGCGCUAGACGUACGACCCUAUAUAAAGGACUUAAAUGCGAGGUAUGAAAAUUAAGUGAUGAGUCGGGCACGUAGCGUUCGAUCUGGCAACACUGGAGGCACCGGGCUUGGAGGGGAUACAGGGGAACAUGUGAUCCGACUUCAAUACAAGUUUGAACUCACUCGAGUCAUUUGGUUGUCCGUUGUUAAACAGUUUUUUCUAUUCUAAAAAUGUGUGACAUCACUUUCAAGCAGCGGUGUGCUAACAAGUAUUGCUUCAGACUUGGUAACAGUAAAACCGAAACUCUUGCUAAACAGGCCUACGGAGGUAGUGUUUUGUCAAGAACACAGGUUUUUCGGUGGUUUAAGGCAUUGUCAGAAGCGAGAGAGUCCAUUGAAGAUGAACCACGAAGCGAAAGGCCUUCAUUUUCAGGAAUCGAUUAAAAUAUCAACAGAAUCCGGAAUCUUGUUCGAUCAGAUCGGCGGUUGACAGCCAGAAUAAUCGAGGAGGAGUUUAAUUUGACUCACACCACCGUUCAUCAGAUCAAGACCAACUAGGUGAUGCAUCACGAUACUGCUCCUUGUCAUACAGUAAUGUCAAUAAUCGAGUUUUUGACUAGUAAAGACAUUCCUUUAUUCGCCUGACUUGAGUCCCUAUUACUUUUUUCUCUUCCCGAAGUUGAAGAAUCAGCUCAAGAAAACUGAAGGCUAUUCCAGUAGAGUUCCAGUACUGAUAUGAGUCGAAGGAGAACGCUGUGUGGCUUCAGAAAGAAGUUAUUUUGAAGGUAACAAUAUAAAAUUGUAAUUAUAUUUGAAUAACUAAAUGAAAAAAAGUCUUAUCACUUGAUUCACAGACCUCGUAUGAUAUAGGUCAGGGCUGUCCAACAUGAGGGCCGCAUGCGGCCCGCGAACUCCUUUCUUGCGGCCCGCAUCACGGGUCAUGUAUACAUCACAUGUACCGAUGUUCGUUGGUUAAGCGCCGGAAAGUGUUUGUAUAUAGAUAUAUAAAUGUUCUAUAGAAAGAUUUUAUAAUGCGGCCGUCCAAACUGCAUUUUUUGGCCCUUAGGCCACAUUAAGUUGGACAGCCCUGAUAUAGGUAAUUAAUAGAGUACAAGAUAUCCCCCUUUUUGUUCAUCUGUUGCUCUUGGGUAAAUCCAAAAAUCCCCUCUUCCGCUCCACUACUUGUUGGCAUCCUCUAGGAAAAAACUCGAAUAAAAAAUGAAAAUAUAGCCCAAAUUGUUUAUUUACAAUACAUUGCAUUGAUAUUAUCAUUUAUAUACUUAUUACUACGAAGAAUACUGAUUUUUAUACAUCCCUUCUUGUAAGUUUGAAUUUAAGUGGCUGUUCAGGAACAUACGUCGGAGACACUUUGUACGUCAGUGUACCAUAGUUGUAGUCAAUUUUAUAUUUUCUAAAAAUCUGAAAAAAGUAAUAUAUAAU